AUGUCGAAGGAAACAACUGUUGUGCAUGAGUUAGUAGCUCAUUUCCUCAAAGAGAAUAAUUAUGUUGAUACCCUUGACCAAUUUGAAAAAGAGCACGGUAAACAAAUAGUAUCCAAUGCGCUUAAUGAAGUGGAAUCACUUGAGCUGAUUGUGGAGGAUAGACUCAAUUUCAAUCUACUUCAGGAUAGGUUGAAAAAUACAUCGAUUGAUACUGGAAUCUAUGAGGAACUUCCAGUUGGUUUAAAGCAAUUAGUCUCGGAAAGGUUUGAGAGUUGGCCGGUGCCUUAUCCUCAUGUUCCUCAUGCUUUGGACACCAAAUCCUUGAUCAUUUCUAGUGCGUAUGAUCCAUAUAAUGGAAGUGUUUAUUUUUCCUCGAAUGAUUCAAAGAUUAUUAUUGUGAAGGAUGGUGUAGUGGUGAAAACAGAGAGGUUUCUGGAGAUUGUGAAGAAAGUCUUGGUUGUUGACGAGACGAAAGUUGCACUCAUUGGAAUGAGCGGGACAAUGUACUUGAAAAGGAGCGGUUCACUUGAGCUGGUCUCGGAAUUUUCUACCGGAUCAAGGUUCAUUGUUGAUGCACAGCAUAUCAAGUACAAGGGAGUAGAUUAUAUUGUUUUGCUAGCGUGGAAUAAUGUGUUGAAGUUGUUCAAAAUUGGCAAUGGCAAAGGCAAAGGCAAUGAUCAGAGUGAGCAAAGUAAGCUAGUCUCGGAGAUGAAAUUAAACCAACAAGGAACCUGUUUCAGUGUGGUUGAGUACCAAGGUCAAUUGGUUUUGGUGUUGGGAAAACUUGAGAGCACAUUGCUUGAAGUCUAUACCUUGCAAGACGACACGGAGUUCCAGUUGAGGUAUAAGAUCUCCAUAAAUGAUGCUGAAUUUACAGCAUCGAGUUUCUCUCCGCGGUGUAUUAUAGUAACCCCAAGUAGAGAUUUGGGAACAGUUCCAUUGAUAGCAGUGGCCACGUCCCACGAACCGUAUAUGAGAAUAAUAGUUGUGUCACUUAUUGAGUUUGGUGCCGCUUCUUCUGCAUCAAACUCUAUUAGUCGAAACCAGAUUGUUCGAAAUUUCAACACAUUAGCGCCUCAAGAUAAGUUUUCGCAACCUAAAAUUGCGUGGCGGUUAGAGAAGGGAAGAGAGAAUGAGAAUCAAAAAGAGAAUGAGAAUGUGGAUAGGAAAAGGGAAAGGGAUGUGUGUGGACUAUGGGUUAUGGGCGAUGAUGGGGUGAUGAGGGGUUUGGAUGUUGUUGAGAGCAAGGUUGUAGUUGAGUUGAAAAGAGAGGAUCUGGCGAAACAGAACUCGAUUGGCCAUUCUGGCAAGAUCAGGGAGUUCAUUGCGUAUAUCGAUGAGAAGGGUGGUGAGAAUGUAAUUUCUGCAGGAUUGGAUCGUCAAAUAAUCCGAUGGUCUAUUGAAUAG